AUUACCGGUUGAAUAUCAUGGUGUGAGUGUGUGACAUGUCACUUACUAGUGUUUACUUCGCACUUUAAUAGAUUAAAGUACAUAUAUCGUUAAACUUGAAAAUGAUUAAACUAAUGCAAGAUAUUGAUUUGGAAAAUUUUACGCUUAUCUUACCAUCAGUGGCGGUGGGAAAUGUCGGACAGCUGUCCGUCGACUUGCUUGUCUCGAAUCUUAACCUUCCGAAGAUCGGUCAAAUUUUUAGCGCGUCAUUCAUGCCCGUUGUCGGCGCGAACGCUUAUCAUGAGCACACGAAUGAGCUUGUCACGACGAUUGACAUUUACGCGGGGAUCAAGGAACGCAUCGUCGUCGUACAGAUCCGCUCGCCGUACGUGGGCGAGCUCGGUGAAUUCUUCAAAGAACUGGCGCAAUUUGUCACCGAAAGAAAAAUAGCCAAAGUGAUAAUUCUUGCGAGCAGUUACGACUACAUAAAGAGGGAAGUCCAACCGCAACAUCUUAAGUUAAGAUAUGUCGCGUCUGGCGCAAUACAAUCUAAGAGCGGCAAACUCUUCGACGAUCUCAAUUGGAUUCCGCAUAAUAAAGUCGACGUGACCGGGGAGGAGAGAUUGCAAAUACCAGGGGGUGGAUUUGCCAAGAGCCUCUUCAACUUCCUCUCUGACACCAACAUUCCCUGUGCUAUCUUGUUCAAAUUCUGUUCCGAGGGUGACAACAUAGAGGAUGCGAUAGCACUAGUGUGCUACUUAAAUCAAUGGAUACAUGUGUUAGAAACAAGGGACGGCAGUGAUUUGAAGCAUCCACCGUCUUGGAAACACUUAUUUGGGAGGCCACCAGCAAAAGAGUUAUAUUGAAUGUAUCUAAAUAUAUUUUAUAUUAUUCUGUUGAUCUUAGAGUAAUAAUAUUUUUGCUAUGGUCAUAUAAAUGUAUGUCUGAAUUUAAUAUCU